AUGACUUCAAAACACCCCUUGAGACGGUCUUGUGCGUUUUGUCGAGCGAGAAAGAUCAAGUGCUCUAACGAUACCAUCUGCGAGGCUUGUCGUAAGCAAGGUGUCGAUUGUAUCUACGACUUUGAAUCUCCAAGAGGUAAAGGACGCAACCACAGCUUCGAUGGUACCAAGGCCAGCAGUCUAUUGCAGGUGAGGAGUGAUCAUGAUCUACCUGAUAGCAAGAGGAGGAGAUCAUGCUCGGCCAAUUCUUCCUCUUCCAUGUCUCCUCGAAGAGCCCACGAAGAUCUUGUGCCAUUGGGAGAUGGUGUCGAGAAUCUCGCUGCCUCCCUUGAGCAGGUGUUUCAGGACAAGUUCUCGCAUUUGGUUUUCGAGGAGCCAAACCACAUUCAGACGCAAUCAAGCACUAAUUACAUUCGAUGUACUGGACUUCUUCCCCUGAUAGCUUACGAUCUGGUCGGCUCCGUUGGCCAAAGACAUAGCGCCUUGGGAGCAUGCCAAUCCGAUGAUUUGAAUAACCACUCAAUCCGUUCUGUACUAUCCCAUGAUCCGGCGUUCACCAUGUUCGACAAUACCGCAUCAUAUUGCACCAGUCCUAUUUCCUCCUUCAGCCAUCGACAGAGGAACCAACUGAUCGAUGUCUGGUUCUCGGCACACCCUCUGACCUUCCUUAUCUCGAAGACGCUACUACUCCGAGAAUUACGCGAAGAUACCUGCGACGAGAUCCUCAUAGCUGUCAUGCUCGCCGAUGCCAGCUUUGUCGUUGGCGAUGGGUCUAUGGUAACUCGAGGGCAUGAACUAUUGCAAUGGGCACAGGCCCAACUACAGAUGCGUCCGUCAUAUCACCUUUCCGAUGAUAAGGAUGCUGUACACUCCGGGGUGCCGACAAGGGUAUACAAAGGUGUAACAACUGCACAGACCCUCGUGUUGUUGGCAUGGAACGCCCUGUCUUCAAAUGAAUUCCGCCGAGCCAUCUGUUAUAUCGAAGUUGCUAGCAAGUUGGUAACUCAUAUCAAGGACAGCAUGUCAAGCGAUGUUUCUCCACCCAGCUCGAGUCGCAUUAAUGGAGUCGAUGUGCUAGAUAUUGAGAUAGAGGUUGUAACCAAUCUAUGGUGGACAACCUUUUCACUCAACAUCUGGAUGUCUGUCCAAGCUGGAGUCUCGCCUGACAUGGCUCCAUCGACCUUUAACCUCGAUUGCCUCCCAGUGACAGACACCUCAUCGGUCUCUAUCCAACUUGAUCUUGUUUCCGAAAACUUCAAUACGCUACAGAAGCAGAAAAGCAACAUCCGAGAAAUACGACCUCUCGCCUACAUCGUCAACACGGUGGCAUAUAUCUUGUCCCAGCCAGACCAAGCUGCGCCGAAGCAUGGUGUCCGCAUUUGCAGAGAAGCUAUACAUGCAGUUGAGAGCUCAAAUGCACAAGAUACAAAUAUGCGUAGUCAACCAGAUAAUGAAACGCACCGCCUAAUCAUUGCGUUCCACCAGACAAUUAUAGUCCAACUCCUCUUUCCCAAGCACCAGCCAUUAUACGACCAAGUUGUCGUUCCAACAGAGACCUUGCACAAGUAUUGCUCGUUAUUGGAACAAAUUGUUCAGUGUCUAUCCACCCCUACCGGGCAGCUCAGUCAUUACACGGCCUCAGCUUCUCCAAUCCAACAACCUCUAUCCAGCGCUUUCUGCAACCUCUUAGACACUUGUUCCCGGGCUUUCAGUCUCAUUCGUGGCAACUUAGGACUCGACCUCAACCAUGGUUACUUCCGUCAGGAAUGGGGCAAUCAGCUGUGUUCUUUAGCAGGCUCACUCUAUACGAUCAGCAAAACCCGACAUUUCUGCCAGAGUGCGACACUACGGAAGGUCAAAAAACAACUAAAGGCUUCUGUUCGAGCUUUUGGUGACCAUGACUCCUCAAAUACAUUGGGAUUGCUGGGUUUGGGACUGAACAAUAUGCGAUCCAUGUCCCAUUCCCCUCAAGGCAAUGUCAAGGUUUCAAAUAACUUCCUUGUGACAGGGGAGCCAUCAAACGAUAUGACUUUCCAUUUUUAUGCAAACGGUUCCAGAAUAUCUUCAUCUAUGCCAUCCUCGUCGGGAUCAUCGACCAGUGUUUCAACCAACUCAUUCACUCCCUUUGGGGAACCGAAUAAAUGGCAUAUCAACGAAAACUACUCCCAAGGCACGAUGGAAACCAACAAUCUGAGUCCUUCUACAGUAAUUCAGCAACCCUUGCAGAAUGGAACUCCCAUGCAGGCUGUAUGGUACUCACAGACACCCCCGAUGUUGAACUUCCAAGCUGCCGGCCCGGCCUCUAUUCAGAAUAACCAAUGGGUCUGGCCGAACGGUAGCACCGAGGACACUACUUAUAUACCUUUUCAAGCUCUGGACAUGGAAGAGACAUGA